CCUAUCGAAUCCCUCUCCCCUUGAGCGUAAUCCUCGCAUCUUGUCAGUCAAUUGAUAAGACAAGCCGCUCAGUCUAGGCAAUGUUAUUCGUUUUUCAAGCAAGAAAAAGUGACCACCUAUGAACGAGGAGCGCGUUUGAUUGUUCUGUUCAGACAACCCAGCGGGCGACUGCCCGAUGCUUGCGUCGGCGGUUACACAAAUUUGACGUCAGGAGAUUGGAAUAAAAAGAUAUUGGAAUAGUUUUACGUUAUAGGGCCCCAUCUCACCGAUGAACUCGGCCUCCGAUUAACGCGCAUCAUCCUGCAGUCGCGCUCUAGCUGCCGCAAGCACUACGCUAGUUUAUAGCCCCACGGUGACACGCAGAGUUGCCGCUUCACUGCCUAAAGGCAUCCUUCACCUCUUCCGUAGGGUGCUGGUGCAACUACUCUGAUCAUGGUCGUCUACCAAUUGGUGCACAUGUCUCUUCGGAUAAAUUCUGGUGUUCGGGAGGAGCGGAUGCCAGUAAGCUUGGAGUUCUGCGGAGACAAUGUGACGACAACAUCAGGAAGUCUGAAUAUUACUUUGCCAACAUAUUCAGUACGAUCUAUCAGCAAGUUUCCCCUUCUCCAUCUUUCAUCUUUUUGGAGUAGCCUCUUCAGCACAGUUGUCACAUAUGUCGGAGGACUUGCCAUAAGUAUUUGUUUGGGUGGCACCAAUUUUUCCGAUGUGGAAACAAGAAAAUUGACGUCCAAUCUCUUAUUUCCACUGUGGCGACUUCUUAGGCUGAUGCCUCCUGCAGAAAAAACUUCUGUCACCAAUUCGAGAAGAACUCACAUCAUCACACUAAGCGAACGAAACGCCAAAACCUCAUCGACAACUGCAACAUUUCUUUGAAUUUCUCCAAUGGAGAUAAGUGUACUCUUGUCCAAGAAAUCAGCGAUCACCUUUCUUUCCACUGCUGCCAACGGCAAACCCCACAUGGCGGCUAGGA